AUGACGACUGAUAGUACGCACGGGCUCUCCGAGUUCGAAAAACAACGUCUGGCAAAUAUCGCCGAGCGAGAUGCCCUCUUGAAGAAGUUGAGCUUGGAGGCGCAAUCAGCGGGCCUCUUCACCCCCAAACCCCCCGGCAGUAAUGCGCCAAAGCCAAAGAAAAAGGCGCCUCCCAAGCGCAUCAAAGAGGAAGAAUCGCCUCUGCCUCGCCGUCAAUCUUCCCGUCUGAGGGGAUUAACCGCUGACAGCGAGGUCGUGAAGCGCAAGGCCGAAGAGCAGUACGAGGCAGCCAGGGAGGCCGAGCGCGCUAAAAAGGUCCGAAGGACUGACUCAUAUUCAGCGAAUGAUAUGUUCAUUGCUGGGCAGAAGCUCAAUGGAGAUAGUCUGAUCGGUGUUGAUGUUGUGAACAAGGGUGUCGCAGAGCCUUAUGUGCGGACUUUCGGCGAUGAAGACAUCAAGAAAACCACCGACAAGGAUUUGAAAGCUUUGCGGGAGGAGAUGAAUGGACUCAGUCUGUGGAGUCAAUGGGAUCCUCAAAGAAUCAAGAUCACACCCGAGCGAGUUUAUGCCAUGGCAUUCCACCCUUCCGAGACUAAGCCCUUGAUAUUUGCCGGUGAUAAGAUGGGACAUCUCGGUGUCUUCGACGCAUCUCAAGAGAAGCCAGACACGGGAGAUGAUGAGGAUGACGACGAUCCCGACCCGGUUCUGACCACUCUCAAGCCGCAUACUCGAACAAUUAGUGCUAUGAUGGUUCACCCAUCAAAGCCCACUAGCUUGUAUACCGCGAGCUACGACAGUUCCAUUCGUGAACUGGAUCUCGAGAAGACUACUUCAGUAGAGAAAUACGGCCCUAAGUCUACAAACAUUGACGAAGCACUUUCUGGGAUUGAUAUGGCGCCCGAGGACCCCAACACCUUGUACUGGACGACGCUUAACGGUACAUUUGGGCGUUAUGAUAUGCGCAGCAAACUGUCAGAGAAGACUGUCACUCAUUGGCAGCUUUCAGAGAAGAAGAUCGGAGGCUUCUCUCUAUACCCGUCACAGCCGCACUACUUUGCGACAGCAAGCUUGGACCGGACAAUGAAGCUGUGGGAUCUCCGGAAGCUAUCGACUACUGAGCCUGUACCAGUUGCGGAGCAUGAGAGUCGUCUUUCAGUUUCACAUGCUGCAUUCAAUGCGGCUGGCCAAAUUGCUACCACAUCCUAUGAUGAUACAAUCAAGCUCUAUGACCUUGGAGCUAAGGGCAUCUCAUCAUGGAAGUCAGGCCACACUCUUUCGGAUAAGGAGUUCCGCCCUGACACCGUUGUGAGGCACAACUGUCAAACCGGUCGCUGGGUGACUAUUCUGCGCCCCCAAUGGCAGAUGAACCCCCAAUCCCAUAUCCAGCGAUUCUGUGUGGGUAACAUGAACCGCUUUGUUGAUGUCUACAGCAGCUCCGGCGAUCAGCUGGCUCAGCUUGGUGGUGAUGGAAUCACUGCUGUUCCUGCAGUAGCUGUGUUCCACCGUAGCAAGAACUGGGUAGCAGGCGGUACAGCUAGUGGCAAGGUUUGCCUGUGGAUGUAA